AUGCAGUUCAAGACAUCUCUCCUCGUUAUCAUUGCUUCAUAUUUGUCUUUUUCCAUGGCUUGCAAGGACGCUCAAGGCAAUGAUGGCCAAUGCAAACCUCCAAACUUUUGCUGUGCUGCCGAUGGAUUCCAAUGUGUUUUUAGGGAAGAGUGCAGUAGCAAAUAA